AGUGCUAUUAAAAAUUUUCACUGCUCUGUCUUAGUUCUGCGGGCGAAUCUGUUUACGGACGUAAUUGUCGUUAUAGUUAUCGCCUCUAUACUGUUUCUCCUCCGAGGGUGGACGACUGACAGAGCUGUGUGAUAGUACUGUUAGUAGUACUGUGUUUAUUAUUAGCUCUAUAGGUUUUUGUGCAUGAACAUUUUAUCGAACAUUUGUUACAUUGGUUUUGUGGUGAAACAAUGGUUGUGUUGGUGCGACACAAACUGGAAUACCUGUGAGUUACUUCAGUAAUAAGCGUAAAAAGCUACGAAGUUAUAGGCAAGGCUCUAUAUACCGCCUCCGGCUACCACUAGGUGCUGAGAAACAGCUGUUAAUUUUGUGAUGUCCUCCUGCGCGGGUGUUAACGGUGGUUCAACGGCUUCGUGUGUGGAGUCUUCUUUAUUAUCAUCAUCAAGCAGUGGCGGUGGGAUAGGAGCUGCUACCGGGUGCUGUGAUCGUCUCUGUGAAGCGCAGGAAUUUCACGGGAAAAUGGCGGGAACCCUUGAAGAUGUGGACAGUGUUGGUUCCGUGUGUCCUUCAGUAAUGUGCGGCCUCCCCGGGGGUCUCGAAAAUUGGUUAAUCUUUUCGCUACUUAAAGCAGAUUUCGCCCGUAGAGUGAGACUCUGUUGUGUCUUUGGAGGGACAGCCAACGAGGCCCUCCUUGUCACCGAUGAUGAUGAGGUGUGGGCUCUUGGAAGCAAUGUAUCUGGGUGCCUAGGAAUUGGUGAUACUCGCACAGCAUUAAAUCCUGUCAAGGUAGAAGCGAUUUGCAAUAAGAACGUUCGAUCCUUUGCGUAUGGAUCUGGGCCUCAUGUACUAGCUCUGACGGCCCAAGGCGAUGUUUAUGGUUGGGGCCAUAAUGGGUAUGCUCAGAUCGGAAAUGGCCAAACAUCUCAGGUAAACUCGCCCGUAUUGAUAUCAAACAAUAUCCCGAAUCCAGUGGCAGAGGUGGCGUGUGGAAGCUUCCAUUCGAUUGCCAGAACGAUUAGUGGAGAGGUCUAUUCAUGGGGUCAAAACAAUUGUGGGCAACUAGGUGUCGGAGCUACAUCUUCAAAUCAGCACAAUCCAAGAAAGGUGACAGGAUUAAUUCAAAGCUUGUUCUGCGUGGGAAUCGCCUGCGGACAAACAUCAACAGUAGCUGUUUUCGAAAACGGUGAAAUUUAUGCUUGGGGUCUUAAUGGUUCUGGUCAGUUGGGGCUUGGAAAUAAUGUCAACCAAAUGUUACCCGCUAAAAUUGAUGGCCUUAAAAAUGUCACAAUUCAAAAGGUUGUUUGCGGAUUCGCACAUACAAUGGCCCUCUCAGAUGAGGGUACACUAUACGUAUGGGGAGCAAACUCUUACGGUCAACUCGGACUUGGUAACAAGGCUAACCAGGUAAAUCCUGUCCGUAUGAAGACAGACCAAAGUCGAAUCAUCGAUGUGGCUGCGUCGCACUACACACAGAUUUCCGCAGCCCUCACUGAAACUUCAAAGGUAUUAAUGUGGGGUCAUUGUCGGGGUCAAGCAGUGACAGAGCCUAUCGUUACGCCGUUCAAAUCACUUCAUGAUGUCUUCGCUGCAUUUUCUUCGGUGGCAAUCACACCCCUGCCUAUGGUUGUUGGUCACAGGUGGGAACGCUGUCUUACGGGUAUUCUGCGCCAACAAUUCAACGAUCCGACCCAUUCGGAUAUCAAAUUCGUGGUAGAAGGAAAAACGAUUCAUGUUCACAAGACAAUACUCAAAUUUCGAUGCGAGCAUUUCCGUACGAUGUUCCAGGACCAUUGGGCGGAAAAUCAAAAAGAUACCAUAAAAAUCGAGCAGUUCAGCCAUCAGGUCUACAAAGCAUUCCUUGAGUAUCUCUACACGGGAGAGGUGGCUCUUUCACCAGAAGGUGCCAUUGGCCUUCUGGAU